CCCACAUUGACGAGCAGCAGAGAUUUGUGACAGGAACAAACACUUCCCCAUCUGCCCCGGCAGGCUGGAACGAGGCAGAGCAAGCUAGCAACCAACAUGGGCGGCUUCACGCCGCGGGCUGCCGCCUCGCUUCUCCUCCUGCUUCUCCUCCGCUCGCCGUCGCCGUCGGAGCCCGUGGCCGCCGCCGCCGCCGCCCUCCGCGCCCGGCGCUACGACUCCAUCUUCGGCUUCGGCGACUCCUUCACCGACACCGGCAACAACCCCGUCGUCUUCGCGUGGUACUCCGUCCCCAACCCCGUCACGCGCCCGCCCUACGGCUCCACCUUCUUCGGCCACCCCACCGGACGCAACUGCGACGGCCGCCUCAUCAUCGACUUCAUCGCGGAGGGCCUGGGCCUGCCUCUCGUGCCGCCAUUCCUGGCGCACGACGGGAGCUUCCGCCGCGGCGCCAACUUCGCGGUCGGGGCCGCCACCGCCAUCGACGCUGCCUUCUUCCACGACGGCGAGCCCCCGGGCACCGACAACAAGUUCCCUUUCAACACCAGCUUAGGCGUGCAGCUGCAGUGGUUCGAGUCACUCAAGCCCUCCCUCUGCGCCACAACCCAAGAGUGCAAGGAUUUCUUCGGCAGAUCGCUCUUCUUCCUUGGAGAGCUCGGGUUCAACGACUACAGCUUCUCGAUGAACAAGGGGAAGAAUGUUCAACAGCUCAGAUCCUUGGUGCCACACGUCAUCAGGACCAUCUCCAUGGCCAUUGAGAGGUUGAUCAAGCACGGGGCCACAAGUUUGCUGGUCUCCGGGAUGGUUCCGGCGGGAUGCGACCCGCCGAUUCUCACCUUCUUCCCCAGUGCCGACCCAGCAAGCUACGAGCCCCGGACAGGCUGCCUGAAAGGGAUGAACGAGCUGUCCACCUAUCACAACUCAAUGUUGCAGGAGUCCCUAGACAAGAUCCGUUCCAAGCACCUUGACGUCGAGAUCGGUUACGCCGAUUUCUUCAGCCCCGUAAUGGAGAUGGUGAAAUCGCCGGCCAAAUUUGGGUUUGAAGAGGACGCUCUGACCGUCUGCUGUGGAGGCCCGGGAAGGUACCACUUCAGUGGAGUGGUCGUCUGCGGCGAUCCAGGCUCGACCACAUGCAAGGACCCAUCUGCUCGUCUGUUCUGGGAUGGCGCCCACUUGACGGAGGCGGCCAACCGCUACAUCGCCGACGGCUGGCUCCGCAGCAUCAGCUCUCCUGCAACUGCUACCAACUAAUUGUGUGUGUGAGUUACUUCUUAAUACAAAGGUGCACAGCUCUCCUGCGUAUUUCCAAAAAACUAAUUGUGUGCGAGACCUCAGGAUUUGUCGACUUUAGUCUCGGGUUCAUGCUGAAGCCGGGUUCGAUCAAUUUGGGACCAGAAUGGCUGCCCCAGCUCAGUUAAAUAUAUUCAAUUUGUACAUCCCACACCCUAAGUAAAAUAUUAGCUUAAUUUACUUCCUCCUCCUUUUGAUACUAGCUUAAUAUACCAUCUGAACUGUUUUUUAUCA